GACAAUGUUAUUAUAAGAGCUAGCUUUGGCGGCACUCCAUAGAUGUAGCUGAGUAGCUCUACUCUUGUAUAUAUAUAAAGAGCUAUUCUCGAUAGUCUCUAUCAUAUAAUUUCUCUCCUCCCCCCCAACCUCUUUGUCUCUCUCUUUCUCAUCACUGAAAGAAACGAGUAGAAUGAGAAAAAAGAUAAGUGGGGAAGAAGGAAACCAUGAGUAUAAGAAAGGUUUGUGGACAGUUGAGGAGGACAAAAUCCUCAUGGAUUAUGUCAAAGCCCAGGGAAAAGGCCACUGGAACCGCAUUGCCAAAAAGACUGGUUUGAAGAGAUGUGGAAAGAGCUGUAGAUUGAGAUGGAUGAACUAUCUUAGUCCAAACGUGAAGAGGGGCCAUUUCACUGACCAAGAAGAAGAUCUUAUCAUUAGACUCCACAAGUUGCUUGGUAAUAGGUGGUCUUUGAUAGCUAAAAGAGUUCCAGGUCGAACGGACAAUCAAGUGAAGAACUAUUGGAAUACACAUCUAAGUAAAAAAAUUGGAACAAAAAAUCAAACAAUCAAAUCGAUCAGCAAUCAGAUGAACAAUUUGGGGAAUAUGACAGAUGCAUCCGAAGAAAGAUUAUUGAAUGUGAAAUUUGAUAAUAAAAGCAUUCUCGGGGAUGAGAGAUUGCUUAUGAGCGCAGGUCUUGGCCUUCUCCAUCAAUCGAGUUCGUCGCUUUGGGGUCAUCAUGAUGAUGCUUUUGAGCCUAACACACUCACCUACAUGAUGGAUUUCAUUGAUGGACAAUGUUAUUAAUGUUUUUUUAUUUUUUUUAUUUGCUGCCUUUAUCUACUUUUUUUUUAAUUAUUUUCUCUUUUCUACAUUAUGUCAUUUUUUUUUUGAAAAAUGUUUAACUGUAAUUUUGGUGGUCAUAAUUAAGAAAUGAAGAAAACAAAAAUAGAGGAUAUGUA